UUGUCUUCCUCCUUGGUGUGCCGGGGACUGAACUAUGGAGCUGUCGGAUAUCUCUUUCCCCAUCCCCGCGGCUGAUGAUUUCUAUGAUGACCCCUGCUUCAACACCAGCGACAUGCACUUCUUCGAGGACCUGGACCCGCGGCUGGUCCAUGUGGGCCUGCUGAAGCCGGACGACUCCUCCUCUUUAUCCUCAUCCUCCCCUUCCUCCUCCUCCUCCUCGCCGUCCUCCCUCCUUCACCUCCACCACCACGGCGACGGGGAGGACGACGAGCACGUCCGCGCCCCCAGCGGGCACCACCAGGCGGGCCGCUGCCUACUCUGGGCCUGCAAGGCCUGCAAGCGGAAGACCACCAACGCGGACCGGCGGAAGGCGGCCACGAUGCGGGAGCGCCGGCGGCUCAGCAAGGUCAACGACGCCUUCGAGAACUUGAAGCGCUGCACCUCGGCCAACCCCAACCAGCGGCUGCCCAAGGUGGAGAUCCUGCGCAACGCCAUCAGCUACAUCGAGUCCCUGCAGGCGCUGCUGCGCGGCGGCGGCCAGGACGACGGUUUCUACCCGGUGAUGGAGCCCUACAGCGGGGACUCGGACGCCUCCAGCCCCCGCUCCAACUGCUCCGACGGCAUGACGGAUUUUAACGGGCCGACCUGUCAGUCCAACAGGAGAGGAGGUUAUGAUAGCAGCACUUAUUUCUCCCAGACUGCAAACGGUGGUCAGAAGAGUGACCGCAGAUCGGUGGUCUCCAGUCUCGACUGUCUGUCCAGCAUUGUGGAGCGAAUCUCCACUGACAACAACAGCUUGAUGCCGGCUGCGGACGGCCCUGGGUCCCCGCCAGGCGACCAGACGGGGGAGACAGCAGCACCCGGACCCCCUCGGCUCCCCUCUCCGACUGCCAGCCAGGACCCCAACCUGAUCUACCAAGUCCUAUAG